CUCUUAUCAACCGCUUCGACCACAUUACACUCUUAUAACUGGUAUCAUACGUAUGUCCACGACCAAUUCCUCGCUGCUAGGGUUGGGGAUAGCGAGAUGUCGCCUAAGCGCGGGGGGCACUCUACUCCCUCUGCGCUCAGGGAUCUCAGCCCUCCUAACGGAAACGGCUCAAUCUAUGAGUCUUUACCCGAAGUCGAAUACCUCAGAGUACUCAAGCUGCAUCCUGGUGCCCACAACGAUGAGAUCAAGUGCCACCUGGAGAUCGUGUCACCUGAAUGCUCAAAAGACCAGUACGAAGCAAUAUCAUACGUCUGGGGCGAUCCAAACAUCACCACCGAAAUUACCUGCAACAGGAAACACGUUCCGGUUACGGUAAAUCUCGUAGAUGCGCUGCGAACAUUUCGCGAUUCGGACAAAAUGCGUACCCUGUGGGCAGAUGCACUCUGCAUCAAUCAGAAAGAUGACCGUGAGAAGGGCCAUCAGGUUAAGAGGAUGGGUCACGUCUUCGAGAACGCGAAGUGCGUCCUCGUCUGGCUCGGUCGAGAUACUGGGAAUGUUGCUGAGGAUUGCUUUGAAUUGAUUCGGGACACGACCGAUUAUUUUGACAAGAUGUUUCUGCAAAACGACCGUGAAGUCCGCCGCAUACCUGCGCUUACGCGACCCUACCCGAUCUGCGUGGACGAGGAGAGAUGGAGAAAUGUUCGUACGCUGCUCAGCUUGCCUUGGUUCCACCGCGUCUGGAUAAUUCAAGAAGCGGCCGUGGCAAAAGAAUGCAUCAUGUUCUGGGGAGCAGCCAAAAUCGAUAUUGCGGAUGCAUUCGAGCUGUCUUGUUGGUAUUUGCAGAAAGCCGACUUCGCAGCUAUCAUCGAGAGUUUCAGCUUUCGGCCGCGCCUUGGUUACCUUGGUUCCGACUUCAGAAGGAUCCACAGCAAAUACAAUACCCAACAGUCGUGGCGUUAUUCACGUCCAUUACUGAAGCACCAUUGCCUCAACACAGAUGAGUGGAAUUUCGUCUCUCUCUUACGAGGGGCCCAAGGGAUGAAUGCAUCCGAUCCCCGUGAUCGCGUCUAUGCUUUUCUGGGGUGUCCGUAUGCGAAGCAAAAAGAUGGACAGACGAUUAUCGAAGCAGACUAUUCCAAGACCACCGAAGAAUUUUACCUCCAUACAGCAUGUACGCUGCUGCAACAUCAGAGAGAAGGGCCUUGGGUUCUCACUGCCAUCUACCACCCCAGCUUGGAUCAUCUUUUGCAUUCCAAGCGCCCAUCGUGGGUACCUAACUGGAGCCAGGCCUGGCAUCAAUAUCGGAUAGCGAAUCCCGCCAACUGGUAUCGUGCCGGCGGACGAGGCGAAUUGUUCUCGGCAAGCCCACGGGAAGACAAUGUGCUGGAAGUAGCAGGCUUCGUUUUUGACAAGAUUGCAUGGACAUCCACGUUGAUCCAGAGCCACAACAUUACAUUGACGCCACACACCUGGGACGAAGAGAUUCACGUAGUUGGUGAGCCUUAUAUUGACAUCUUAUGGAAAGAAACGUCUUCGGCGGCCGCUGAGUUAGGAAUGCCUCUGCGACACGACGAUUAUACACUUACUUUGGUCUCGGGCUACAGUAACAGAAACUCAAAGACGCCUGAUAUGACAUUACAUCGAGCGAAUUUCAAAGCUUAUCGUUGUGUCGCGCGCUCUUUAUUCUCGAACGCAUCGGACGUUGGAACUAAACCGGCUACUGGGGAUGGAGACCUGUACCGUAUGCAGGCGAAGAUCACUGGGUGCAAGAUGCGACGGUUGGCGCUGACAGAGGGGGGCCGACUGGGUCUUGUUCCUGGCCUGACGACGGAAGUUGGCGAUGUCUGUUGUAUCUUUAUUGGAGUAAGUGUCCCGCUUAUUCUCAAACCUGCGAAUAACGGGAGAUAUCGGUUGGGUGGUGACGGCUAUAUUUCCGGCGUUAUGGACGGGGAGUUGAUGGAACAGUAUGAUUCCGGUGGUUUUGGUCAAGAGAAAAUUGUCUUGAUAUGAAUGUCUAAUGGUUGGUGACUUGUACAAUAUAGUUGGCAGUGCUACCAUGCUUUUUUAUUCUGCACUGGCUGAAUGCGUUUGCUCUGUUACGCUGCAUUAAAGGGAAUAGAUAUAAAG